UUCCUCCUUCCCUUGUUUUGCAUAAUGCUGUUUUGUUGUCUGUAUCCUUUGCUAUAGUUGGAUGUUUAGCGAUUUAUUUAUGACCGGAGGGAGAAGCGUGGAGGGUUAUAUUUAGCCCUGGCGAUCCAAUUUACAAUGCUAAUGAUAAUGGUAACCUGGGUGUGUUAUAGAGAUGCUGUAUAAUCAGCCUCUUAAAUACUAGUGCAGAGGGAUCCCGUGAAGUGUCUAUAGAGAGUGCUCCAAGUCUCCGCAUCAAGCACAGUAGGUGUCAGAAUGAAGCUUUUUGCGGCUGUGAGGUGGACUGUCAAGGUGUUCAUCCUGUGUCUGGUGCUAGGAACUGCUGUUUUGCUAAAUCCAGAGGAUCCCAAUGUCUGCAGCCACUGGGAAAGCUAUGCUGUAACCGUGCAGGAAUCCUACGCUCACCCAUUUGAUCAGAUUUAUUACACUCGCUGCACAGAUAUCCUCAACUGGUUCAAAUGCACAAGACACAGGAUAAGUUAUAAGACAGCCUACCGACGUGGCCUGCGGACCAUGUACAGAAGGAGGUCACAGUGUUGCCCGGGAUACUAUGAAAGUGGAGAUUUCUGUGUCCCCCUCUGUACAGAGGAAUGUGUACAUGGGAGAUGUGUGUCACCAGAUACGUGUCACUGUGAACCAGGGUGGGGAGGUGCUGACUGCUCUAGUGUUCUGUUAUAUUCUUCACCCUCAGGUUGUGACAGUGAACACUGGGGACCACACUGCAGCAACCGAUGCCAGUGUCAGAAUGAAGCGCUCUGUAAUCCUAUAACUGGAGCCUGUGUGUGCUCGGAAGGAUAUAGAGGAUGGCGUUGUGAAGACUGGUGCGACCCUGGGACCUAUGGCAAGGCCUGCCAGCUGAGAUGCCAGUGCCAAAAUGGAGCGACAUGUGACCACAGAACUGGAGAAUGCCGCUGUGCCCCUGGAUACACUGGAGCUUUUUGCGAAGAACUGUGUCCACCUGGAAGUCAUGGGGCAUUAUGUGAGCUACGCUGCCCUUGCCAGAAUGGGGGUGUAUGUCACCAUGUGACAGGAGAGUGUUCAUGCCCAGCAGGGUGGACGGGUUCUGUCUGUGCUCUGCCAUGUCCUCCAGGAAGAUAUGGAGUGAAUUGCAGUCAUGAAUGCCAAUGUCAUAAUGGAGGACAAUGUGACCCUGUGACUGGAAGGUGUCAGUGCGCAGCAGGCUACACAGGAGAGAGGUGUCAAGAGGAAUGCCCGGUUGGUACCUAUGGCUACCAGUGUGCUGAAAGAUGUGACUGCCAGAACGGAGCCAAGUGUUACCACAUCAAUGGUGCCUGUUUGUGUGAACCAGGCUUUAAAGGCAUCCUCUGUGAGGAGCGUGUGUGUGCUGAGGGACUGUAUGGACUUAAGUGUAACAAGAACUGUCCGUGUAACCUGACCAACACUCGUGGCUGCCACCCGCUGUCUGGGGAGUGCACCUGCAGGGCAGGUUGGAGCGGCCUGUACUGUGAAGAACCCUGCCGGCCUGGCUUUUACGGAGAAGGCUGCCAACAGCUGUGUGCCUGUUACAAUGGAGCGGACUGUGAUGGGAUGACAGGGAGAUGUCUUUGUGCUCCGGGAUACACAGGACAGGACUGUUCUAUGCUGUGUUCCCCGGGAACAUUUGGUACUGACUGCUUGUCAGUGUGUAACUGCAAGAAUGGCGCUGCCUGCUCUCCAGUGGAUGGUUCUUGUCUGUGCAGAGAAGGUUGGCAAGGGACGGACUGUUCUAUUCCCUGUUCAAGUGGCACUUGGGGUCUAAGCUGCAAUCAGACCUGUCAUUGUCUAAAUGAUGCCUCUUGCAGCCCAGUGGAUGGCAGCUGCAUGUGUGCUGCAGGCUGGAUGGGUGAAGUCUGUGACCAGCCAUGUCUGGAGGGGAUGUAUGGUCUGGACUGUAUAGAACAUUGUGAUUGCAGCCAUGCUGAGGGAUGUGACCCUGUUACCGGGCACUGUCACUGUCUGGCUGGGUGGACAGGCAUUCAUUGUGACAAUGUGUGUGCUCAAGGACGCUGGGGACCCAACUGCUCCAUGUCAUGUCACUGCGAGAACGGGGGUUCAUGCUCACCUGAGGAUGGGAGCUGUGAGUGUGCUCCAGGAUAUCGAGGAACCUUGUGCCAAAGAAUUUGCUCUCCUGGAUUUUAUGGACAUCGCUGCAGCCAAACAUGUCCCCAGUGUGUUCACGCCAAUGGACCCUGUCACCACAUAACAGGCCAUUGUGACUGCCUACCAGGAUUUUAUGGGCCGCUUUGCAACCAAGUUUGUCCUAGUGGAAGGUUUGGUCGAAGCUGUGCGGAAUUCUGUAUAUGCAGCAACAAUGCAACAUGUAACCCCAUUGAUGGCUCAUGCCAGUGCUACCCUGGUUGGAUAGGCAGCGACUGCUCUGAUGAAUGCCCCCCGGGACUAUGGGGUCCAGACUGUAUCCACACAUGUAACUGCCACAAUGAUGCUGAAUGCAGCGCAUAUGAUGGCGAAUGCAAAUGUACUCCCGGCUGGACAGGCCUGUUCUGCACCCAAAGGUGCCCAACAGCAUUUUAUGGGAAGGACUGUGCCAAUGUCUGUCAGUGCCAUAAUGGAGCCGACUGUGACCACAUCACUGGGCAGUGCACAUGUAGAACAGGAUUCACAGGCAAACACUGCGAGCAGAAAUGUCCACCAGGGACUUUUGGAUAUGGCUGUCGCCAGAUGUGCGAGUGUCUGAACAAUGCAACCUGUGACCAUGUGACCGGAACCUGCUACUGCAACCCUGGUUUUAAGGGCAUCCGAUGUGACCAAGCUGCUCUAAUGAUGGAGGAACUAAACCCUUACACUAAGAUCAGCCCAGCCCACGGAUCUGAAAGACACUCUGCAGGCGCCAUCAUUGGAGUUAUCGUUCUCCUACUGAUCAUCAUGACCUUACUGGGGCUCUUCUUAUGGUACCGGCAGAGGCAAAAGGACAAAGAUCACGACAUGCCGAAUGUGUCUUACACCCCAGCAAUGCGUAUGACAAAUACAGAUUACUCUCUCUCAGGUACUUGCAGUAUGGACAGAAGACAGAACACUUAUAUCAUGGAAAAUGGCUUCAAAGAUUGUAUGAAAGAGUCAGGGUGCAGCUCCAGCACCUGCUCUCUGAGCAGCAGUGAGAACCCUUAUGCCACCAUUACAGACCCCCCCGCGCAGCACUCCAAACACUCAGAGAACAGCUACGUGGAAAUGACCUCACCUGUCCAUACAGAUGCCCCAUACUCAGAUAUACCACCCUCAUCAAAAGCUAACAAAAAUGUAUAUGACGUGGAGCCGACCCUCAGCCUGCUUCAGGAUGCCCAACAUCAGAUCCCCAACUACAUGCAGAACCCUUACGACUUGCCAAGGAACAGCCACAUCCCCAGCCACUACGACCUCCUCCCUGUUCGGCUCAGCCCCUCGCAUGGGACAUUCUGGGAUAAGCAGAUGGAUAAGCAAUCUUUAUAGAAGUACGAGGACAAUGACAGGGAGCUCUCACAUUCUGCAAUAUGCCCGUUCUGUGGGGGGGCCGGCACCACUGGACAAAUGCAUGAUGUCAUUAGGAGACCUUUUUUUUAUACAAAUAGGAUGUAUCUAUAGGACGAGUCACUGUGUGUAUAUAUAUGUAUAUGUGUGUGUAUACACUGUGUAUGGCCAGAUACCACUCAUCCUCCUAUAAAGUACACAUGUGAACAGAGACUAGUCCAGGCCAUGUCACCGCGAUGAGUCCGCUUUGGAAAUUGCAGUUUACACACCAUGACAUUUAAUAUAUGUAAAUACAUGUAUAUAGAGCAUCUUUCUCUAAAGAACUGUAUAUAUGUCAUACUCAGACAAGAGCCGAUGUGUAGAAGGCGAUGAUGAAUGCGGUAAUGGAUUGCUGGUAAAUACAACUGGGUAUGACUUAUUUAUCAAUAUGAGCCAUUUCCUUGUGCUGUCCCAGUUCAUUAUGGUGACGGGGCCGUGUACAUGUUAUAGUUAAAGGUCUGUUCCUGAGGCCCCAUAGAUUGCAGCCAUUGAUGCCCAUGAUGAUAAUCUCCUAUUUUAUUAUAUAAAAAAAAAUGUAUGAAAUAAUAAUGUAAUUUUCUAUGCCCUUGCUUUGCAGAAAUCCAGUAUCUAGGCAGGACCUAUAGCUCUGUUCAUCCUGAUCCUCCUAGUUCUCGUAUAGCAUGCCAAAGCUACCAGGACUGCCUGACCUACUGUGAAAGAUAGGCAUAAUAGUAGAGAAAAGGCAGCAGGAGGGGAGAUAGCUGUGCCAUGUUCUGCCAUUCAGGGUGUGCGGAUAGUGAUAAUCCCUAUGGGUACUGUAAUGGCUGCCAUUAAUCGUUGGUACUUUUGGAAGUGCAGCAUCUGUUGGACUGAGAUAACUUCGAACGGCUGAAUUAAAUAUUUAAGACUCCACACAAGAGGACAACUCGGGGACUUAUAUUUUCAGGGUUUUAAUGGAAAAUGCACUUUAAAUAAUGAUAGUGGGAAGGUAUUGCAUCUGGUCCAUAUGCUUUCAGUCAUCUUCUGGUCAGGGGCUAUUAAUCCCUAAAUGUGUCUUCUACAGAUGUACAGUGCUGGGUCACUUGCUCUGCUUGAGAAAGAAAUGCUAACAAUAUGUAUGUAGAGGGAGGUAAGAGUGUGACGGGAGGCUGUACGGCGAGGAGGAAAGCUUUCAGACGCCUUUAUGCACUAAGUCGCAAUUUGCUCUUUGUAACAAAACGCAUCACAAAAAUAGACCAAACUGACCGGUUCCAAAGAGAACUAAGCCACUAAUUUACUGGAAAUAAAGACAGACUUUUUAUCCUUUG